GUCCGUUCGUUCGCCUGCUCGCUCUCGGCGGCCGUUCUCGCUGCGGCUGCGGCUGGGGCUGGGGGCGGCGGCGGCGCGGGCGGCGGGCGGCGCGGGGCGGUCCGGCGGGUUCAAAGAGGAAAACAUGGCGGAAAACAAAGGCGGCGGCGAAGCCGAGAGCGGCGGCGGGGGCAGCGGCAGCGCGCCGGUAACUGCCGGGGCCGUCGGGCCCGCGGCGCAGGAGGCGGAGCCGCCUCUCGCCGCGGUGCUGGUGGAGGAGGAGGAGGAGGAAGGCGGCAGGGCCGACGCGGAGAGCGGCGCGGCGGGGCCCGACGACGGGGGGGUGGCCGCGGCCUCCGGAUCGACCCCGGCCGCCUCCGCCCCGGCCGCCUCCGCGGGCCCUGGCGUUCCCGGGGGCGCGGCAUCGACGCCGGCCCCCGCUCCUGCCGCGGCCCCAGCUCCGGGUCCUUCGGCGGGGCCGCCCCUGGGACCGCCAGCCUCGCUCCUGGACACCUGCGCCGUGUGUCAGCAGAGCCUGCAGAGCCGGCGAGAGGCGGAGCCCAAGCUGCUGCCCUGUCUGCACUCCUUCUGCCUGCGCUGCCUGCCGGAGCCCGAGCGCCAGCUCAACGUGCCCAUCCCGGGGGGCAGCAACGGCGACAUUCAGCAGGUUGGUGUGAUACGGUGCCCAGUAUGCCGCCAAGAAUGCAGACAGAUAGACCUUGUGGAUAAUUAUUUUGUGAAAGAUACAUCUGAAGCUCCUAGCAGUUCUGAUGAGAAAUCAGAACAGGUCUGCACUAGUUGUGAAGACAAUGCAAGUGCAGUUGGCUUUUGUGUAGAAUGUGGGGAGUGGCUAUGUAAGACAUGUAUUGAAGCACAUCAAAGAGUGAAAUUCACUAAAGAUCACUUGAUCAGGAAGAAAGAAGAUGUCUCAGAGUCUGUUGGAGCAUCUGGUCAGCGCCCUGUUUUCUGCCCUGUACACAAACAAGAACAGUUGAAACUUUUCUGUGAAACAUGUGACAGAUUGACAUGUAGAGACUGUCAGCUAUUGGAACACAAAGAACAUAGGUACCAGUUUUUGGAAGAAGCUUUUCAAAACCAGAAAGGUGCAAUUGAGAAUCUACUAGCUAAGCUUCUUGAGAAGAAGAAUUAUGUUCAUUUUGCAGCUACUCAGGUGCAGAAUAGGAUAAAAGAAGUAAAUGAGACUAACAAACGAGUAGAACAGGAAAUAAAAGUGGCCAUUUUCACCCUUAUCAAUGAAAUUAAUAAGAAAGGAAAAUCUCUCUUACAGCAGCUAGAGACUGUUACAAAAGAAAGACAGAUGAAGUUAAUACAGCAGCAGAAUGACAUCACAGGCCUCUCGCGGCAGGUGAAGCAUGUGAUGAACUUUACAAACUGGGCAAUUGCGAGUGGCAGCAGCACAGCCCUCCUGUACAGCAAGCGGCUGAUUACUUUUCAGUUGCGCCAUAUUUUGAAAGCUCGUUGUGAUCCCGUCCCUGCUGCUAAUGGAGCAAUACGUUUUCAUUGUGAUCCCACCUUCUGGGCAAAGAAUGUAGUCAAUUUAGGUAAUCUAGUAAUAGAGAGUAAACCAGCUCCUGGGUAUACUCCUAAUGUUGUAGUUGGGCAAGUUCCUCCGGGGACGAACCACAUUAGUAAAACUCCUGGACAGAUUAACUUAGCACAACUUCGACUCCAACACAUGCAACAACAAGUGUAUGCACAGAAGCAUCAGCAGUUGCAACAGAUGAGGAUACAGCAACCACCUGCUCCUGUAUCAACAACAACAACAACAACACAACAGCACCCACGACAAGCAGCUCCUCAGAUGUUACAACAACAGCCUCCAAGACUGAUCAGUGUGCAAACAAUGCAAAGAAACAACAUGAACUGUGGAGCUUUCCAAGCCCAUCAGAUGAGAUUGGCUCAGAAUGCUGCCCGAAUACCAGGGAUACCCAGGCACAGCGGCCCUCAGUAUUCCAUGAUGCAGCCACACCUCCAAAGACAACACUCAAACCCAGGGCAUGCUGGACCCUUUCCUGUUGUGUCAGUGCACAACACCACAAUCAAUCCAACCAGCCCUACUACAGCUACUAUGGCAAGUGCAAAUCGAGGUCCCACCAGCCCAUCUGUUACAGCAAUAGAAUUAAUCCCCUCAGUAACCAACCCAGAAAACCUUCCAUCGCUACCAGAUAUUCCACCCAUACAGUUGGAAGAUGCUGGUUCAAGUAGUUUAGAUAAUCUACUAAGUAGAUACAUCUCAGGCAGCCACCUACCCCCACAGCCUACAAGUACCAUGAAUCCCUCUCCAGGUCCCUCUGCCCUGUCUCCAGGAUCAUCAGGUUUAUCCAAUUCUCACACCCCUGUGAGACCCCCUAGUACGUCUAGUACUGGCAGCAGAGGCAGCUGUGGGUCAUCAGGAAGAACUGCUGAGAAGACAAGUCUUAGUUUCAAGUCUGAUCAAGUGAAGGUCAAGCAAGAACCUGGGACCGAAGACGAAAUAUGUAGCUUUUCAGGAGCCGUGAAGCAAGAGAAGACAGAGGACGGCAGGAGGAGUGCCUGCAUGUUGAGCAGUCCUGAGAGUAGUUUGACACCACCUCUCUCAACCAACCUGCAUCUAGAGAGUGAGUUGGAUGCAUUACCAGGAGUGGAAAACCAUGUGAAAACUGAGCCUACAGAUACGAAUGAGAGCUGCAAACAGUCAGGGCUCAGCAGCCUUGUUAAUGGAAAGUCUUCAAUUCGAAGCCUCAUGCACAGGUCGGCAAGGAUGGGAGGAGAUGGCAACAGCAAAGAUGAUGACCCAAAUGAAGAUUGGUGUGCUGUCUGCCAAAAUGGAGGGGAUCUCUUGUGCUGUGAGAAAUGUCCAAAGGUCUUUCAUCUAACUUGUCAUGUUCCAACACUUCUUAGCUUUCCAAGUGGGGACUGGAUAUGCACAUUUUGCAGAGAUAUUGGGAAACCAGAAGUUGAAUAUGAUUGCGACAAUUUGCAACAUAGUAAGAAGGGGAAAACUGCACAGGGAUUAAGCCCUGUGGACCAAAGGAAAUGUGAACGUCUUCUGCUUUACCUCUAUUGUCAUGAGUUAAGUAUUGAAUUCCAGGAGCCAGUUCCUGCUUCGAUACCAAACUACUAUAAAAUUAUAAAGAAACCAAUGGAUUUAUCGACCGUGAAAAAGAAACUGCAGAAAAAACAUUCCCAACACUACCAAGUCCCAGAUGACUUUGUGGCUGACGUCCGUUUGAUCUUCAAGAACUGUGAAAGGUUUAAUGAAAUGAUGAGAGUUGUUCAAGUUUAUGCAGAAACACAAGAGAUUAAUUUGAAGGCUGAUUCUGAAGUAGCUCAGGCAGGGAAAGCAGUUGCAUUGUACUUUGAAGAUAAACUCACAGAGAUCUACUCAGACAGGACCUUCGCACCUUUGCCAGAGUUUGAGCAGGAAGAGGAUGAUGGUGAGGUAACUGAGGACUCUGAUGAAGACUUUAUACAACCCCGCAGAAAACGCCUAAAGUCAGACGACAGACCAAUACAUAUAAAGUAAAAAGACACGAACUUAAACCAAUUGUUUAAAAAGAGAGCGAAAACACUUUUAAGUGUUGCUGGAAAAUUCUGCCUACAGUGGGGGCACCUCCUUGAAGAAACUGAUAGCUUUUACACAGUAUUAGAUUGAAACAAUGGACAGAAACCACAUUCUUGUCAAGAAGGGGAGACAACUCUGCACCAUUAAAAGUAAAAAUAAAAGUGAAAUACUUUGAAGAUUUCUGUUACUGAAGAGUUUUGGCUGUUAGAAUCGGCAGAUGUUGAGUAUGUGGUAUUGACUGGUGCAGGAUGCUGGAUGUAUAAGUAAAUAAAUACUUGCGGGUCAUGUCACUUGAUAAAUUGUCUCUGUGGACCACAGCGUACAGCUAUUAAACAAUUCUGAUGCCUCUCCCUCCACACAUACACACUGGCUUGUUUUCUAGUUAAAGUUGACAUUUUUUAUGUCAAUACAGAUGUGCAUUGAAUCAUACACUUACAUUUUUUCUCAUUUUGAUGCUAUUGGGCCUUAGUUUUUAUAUUGGUGUAAAGAACAGUAUUUUUUUUGUUCGUACUUGGAGUCUAGGGAACAUGACCAUUGAUCAUUAUUUAAUCAACUUUAAUGGUCUACUGAAGUAAAUAUGGUAACUUUUCAGUAGGAGAGCAUGUAAUUAUAGUAAUCAUUCCCAGAAAACACGUCCACAAAUUGCAUCUCUCAACCAAAUCAUCGGCUCCUAGUUAUUCCCAUGAAAGGCAGAAUGUUGAAUAUUGGCCUAGUUUUUGUGUAUUUAGAUUGGAUUGAGGAGGGGAUAGCUGGCUCUGACCCGUCUUCCUUCAUGUCAGUUUCCGAUAGACCACUAUUGGCAAACGGUAAUCUGUCAGCUACCAAAUGUGUAACAUUUUCUGUAUUUCACUUUGUCUUAUUUGUAAAUAGUGAACUAAAACUUCUGGCAGAUCGGCAACAUUUGCUGAGCCUGUUUUUUAAGCUAAUGUGUAUUCUUACUAAUGUUCCUAUCAAGAAUGGAUUUGUAAUAUAUGCUGUCUAUUUCUAAUGUUCACAUUCAUAUUUUGAGGUUCUAUCUUAUUUUAAUAGAGAACAGACUUCUCAGAAAAUCUUCAGAAGCAGCUUAUUAUUAAAAUAUCAAAAUAUUGAAAUAAACCCGGUGGGGUUAGAUUACUCAUCUGUCCACCAAGUGGGACAUUGCAUGGACUGGGGCCUAAAGGACAGAGAAGAGACUUGUAAGUAAAUCCUGAAAAUGAGCCAAUCCCCACUUGAAUGGUUCCUGGAGUAACCCACCUUUAAUCCUGAUUUCAGCACCGAGGCAGAUACACCACCUUGGCUCUGUCUCAUUUUUCUUCUCUUCAUUUGUGAUGCUCAUGUCCAAGAUGUGUGUCUAGACUGUAUACAGGCUUCUCUUUUGUUGGAUUAAAAAUUUUAGUCCUGCUUUUGUAUGGACACAUUAGAAUACAAAGUGACCAAAAUAGAAGACUCUCCACUAGAUAUUUUCAGAUAUCAGAUUUGUGGCAAAUCGUUUGCCUUUUAAAAAAUCCAGCUGAAGCAGUUCAGACAGGUUACUCAGAAAAAUUAUUUGACAUAAUUGUCUAAGAGGUAAAUAUUUUUUAGUGCAUAUUGAAUAAAAUAAAGUGCUUUAAAGAAAUUAUUAUGCAAACUCCUUUGGGCUGUUGUUCUUUUCUUAACAAGUGGUGGGGGUAAACAUGAAUAUGAUUCAAGCCUUCUAAUGGUAUUGAUUUUGUCAUUGCUAUUGACUUAUUUCAUUCUCUAACUUCCUUUUGGCUUCUCUUUCAGUUUUGUUGUAAAUUUAAAAAACAUAUUUCAAACUCAUCUUGCUCAAAUUUUAAAGAAGAGUUUUCUGAUAAGAGGGAGAAUAUUGUUUAAAAAAUGCUUUUAUCUGUGCUUAUUCCCCUCUUUCCUAUAAUAUUUGUGAUUUCAUUAUCAGGAGUCAUACCUAAGGGCACAUUUUUGAAAACUGGAGAGUUAGCCGUAUAGCUUCAUUUUGUCUAAUGUUUUUUGUUUGCUCUCUUUCACUAUUACUAGAUAGUAAGUCAUAAAUACUUUCUACCAAUGGCAGAAGAAACAAAAUUUUAAGUAAAUAUUUAUUUCUCAAUACUUGGGGCCUUAAAAGAUAAUGUGUUCUCUUAAAGAUAUUACCAUGUUAGAUGGGGUUUAUCCCCUUUGUUUUAUUUUAAAAUUGGUUCUUUGGUUCUUAAAAAGCCACCUUAUUGUCAACAUUUAAUAGGCUCCAUUUCUGUUAACAAGGUAAUUCAUACUGCUGAGGAAGUACCAUUAGUUAAUAGCUGUCCAUAAACCACCAUUAAAUGAAGUUGUUCACUUUAGAUUUCAUUUAAAGCUUUUUUUUGCACACUGAUCACUGUUACUAAGCUGAUCUGUGCACUGAUAUAACUGUUCAAAAGUAUUAACUUGAUAUUCAGAAAUCUUACAUGAUUUCCUAUUAUGUUUUAAAAAGACAAACAUUGUAUAUCAGUUCCUGUUCGUUUUUAUACUCUCACAUUUGUAUUCUUCCUUGAAAGGCAGUAUUUUAGAUUUGGAGAUGUUAAUGUUUCCUUAAAGGUUUGCAAAGUUUUCGCCACAUUUCAGUUCCUAUCUGCUAUGAGAACACCAAGAAUAAAGUGUUCCUUAGUCUAUUCCGCUGGCCUACAUUUGUAUAUUUUAACACUGAGCUGAGCUGAUUCAUUGAAGGAAUUGCUUUAUAAGGUGAAGCAUGUGCGUGUUCCAAAUCGUUAGAUUGUAGGUCAUGCUCUGUAUAGAAAUAUCAAAUCACGGCCGCAGAGAAGUGAUUAGGCAUUGGAGCCAUUGUUGAAAUUAAUCCAUUUUGGAAUCAACAAGGUACUUUCUGACUCUGUUUCUUAUAUGAGGGAAUUUUAAAUAAAAUUUAAAGUUAGUUCUCACUUUUUGUUGUAACAGUUUUUAAAAUUUUUCAUUAAUCCAAAGAAACAAUGUUUUUAAAUAGAAGCAAAAGGUUUAUAGUGUGCAAUUUGUAGAUUUAUCAAUUACCUCAGCAGGUAUCCUGCCAUGUAAUUAAUUAUUAGUGAUUAGUGUUAAUAAGUUAAAAGAUUUAGGUCUUCUGACUAUGCCCUUGGAUUAUGGCCUACCAUAUGUUACUAAACAGCCUCUCAGUAUCCAAAAUGGGAGUAGAUGCUGUGGCACCCUCUCCCUUUACCUUUAAAAAAAAGUUUUUAUUGAUUUUGUAGAAAGAAAGGAAAGAAGGGAGAGGGAAGGAGAGAGAAAUACCAAUGAUAAGAGAGAAUAAUCUAUUGGCUGCCUCUUGCACGCCCCCUACUGGGGAUCGAGCCUGCAACCUGGGCAGGAAUCGGUGACCUCUUGGCUCCCGAGUUGAUGCUCAAAGCACUGAGCCACACUGGCCAGGCACCCUUUACCUUUUGAGUCCCUUACCUACUUCCACUCACACAUAACAAAUGAAGUAUGAAAACCUCACUUCUUGUUAGCACUGCUUAUUUGCAUAAUCAGCAUUAGAUCAGUGAGUAGCUCUAUAAAAUCUACCCCAUCUCUCCUAAUUGAAACAAUGAAGUUCUUCACUCACCAUCUGGAUUAGUAGUCUGCUGAAGGCGAGCCACGGUUUUCAAGGUGCAUCACAGUUUGAUCAUGCAUUGGACCUAGAUGUUCUCCUCCUCACAGUCAUCUCCCUGAUAAAGCAAUAACACUGCUUUACUUCCGUCUGCUGCCUCAGCACGCCAUAACCCUCUCCUGGAUGGUGACUUUCUAGGAAAGUUUGUAUGCAUAUCACCCAGUCUGUCUAUUAAAAAUUAAGAAAAGUAAAUGUAUGCUGGAGCUAAUGACAAUAUAUUGUGGCAUUUUAUUUUAAAAAUUGGGGAAAGUUGCAUAUUUUUUUAAAAGUAGGUGUUUGAGUAAAAAAAUUGAAGGUACUUUUUUAAGAAAAAAAUUUAUAUGCCUCAGUUUACAUAGACAUUUCAGAUUUCAACAUGUUACUCUGGGAUAUAACGGUUUCUUUUACUUGGUCAAAAUGCAUGUGUAGCAUUUCUUCAGUCUUAGUUCCUUGUGUUUGCCUUUGUGGUCUUUUAUAUAUAUUUUUAUUGUAUCGGAGAAACAAAAUUAUCCUCAAAAAUAAAUCCAUUGGAUAUAUUUGUUAUAAUCAAACUACAAAAUGUACAAAUUAAGUUGAGCCCUUUUCUAGCAAGUGAUCUUUAAAAUGAAAAGUGCUGUUCUUUUAAAUUCACCAAAUUUGUAUGUGGGAAGGCACAGAAAUAAUUUUCUAAGUGCCACUGCAAUAUUCCCUUUCAAGUGUGGCCUAAAUUUCAAUCUUAACGAAAUGCAUGUCUGCUCCUGUUCUGAAAAAUGUAGGCAUUUACUAUGUUUUAAAUCACAGUGAAAGAUGUAUAUAAACCUAUAAAAAAAGAUUUGUGCAAUCUGAAAGCCUGUUAAUUUUCUAUGUAGAAAUACUGACACACGAAAGGGUUAAAUUCACAGCCUUCCUGGUUCCUGGCUUCCAGUAUUUCAACUGGUGUCCUCCCCUCAUUUUAUUACUACGACUACCACAACUACUAUUAUUUUUGCACAUAGUUAACUACCCUUCAAUAUGAUUCUUAAAGAAAAAGUGCUGUUUCUGUGGUAUUGUAUUCUCUAAAUAAUCAUAUUUAAUUUUUUAAAACAAGGUUGCAGUUUCUAGUUGUUCCGUUCCUGUGUUUUUUGCUGGUGUGUAAUAAAAGCAAGAUUUUCUUUUCAUGGUUAUUUAAUACAUUAGCUGCCUGUAAAUAUUUCUUGUUAUAAUGCUCUGGAAUGUGUUGUAGAAGUUGUAUUAGAUUAGUUUAAAGCCUUGUUUGAAAGCCACAUUGUUUUGGUUAUUUCUAUUAAAUUAGAAAAUUGAAAACGUUUUCAAA